AUGCCUAGUGAAGAAUUAGAAGCUUCUGUUCGAAAUAUUAUCGAUCAAGUCACAUUGAAAUGGAUCUUUGUCGGUGGAAAAGGAGGUGUCGGCAAGACGACCUGCAGUUGUUCUCUAGCCGUUCAAUUAGCUGCUAAAAGACGAAGCGUAUUGUUGAUUUCGACGGAUCCUGCCCACAAUAUUUCCGAUGCUUUCAAUCAAAAAUUCACAAAGACACCACAAAAAGUGACGGGCUUCGAUAAUCUAUAUGCUAUGGAAAUCGAUUCAAAUCCCGUUGAAGGUUCCGCAUUGCCAGGAUUAGAUCAGUUAUCUGAUAGCAAUGGUAGCAUAGCAUCAAUGGGACGAGAACUACUGCAAAAUAUGGUUGGUGGAAUGCCUGGGAUCGAUGAAGCUAUGAGUUUUGCCGAAAUGUUGAAGCUUAUCAAUUCGCUUGACUUCGAGGUCGUGGUGUUUGACACGGCUCCAACGGGACACACACUACGUUUGUUGCAAUUCCCCGUUAUACUCGAGAAGGCUUUCACAAAGAUACUUUCACUUCAAUCGUCAUUUGCUCCGAUGAUUGGACAGCUCUCUGGAUUACUGGGAAUGGGCGAAUUAUCCCUUGAUGACACUCUCAGGAAGCUUAACGAAACGUUGGAUCAAGUAAAACGAAUGAAUGGGGAAUUCAAGAAUCCUGAUCUCACUACGUUCGUUUGUGUUUGUAUAGCUGAAUUUUUGUCGUUAUAUGAGACUGAAAGAUUAAUUCAAGAGCUUACGAAACAGGGCAUUGAUACGCAUAAUAUUAUUGUGAAUCAGUUGUUAUUCCCCGACAACAGCGAAGGAUCUGUUCAGUGUAAAAAAUGUUUGGCUCGAUUCAAAAUACAGUCGAAAUACUUGGAACAGAUUGCUGAUCUAUACGAAGAUUUCCACGUAAUAAAGCUUCCUCUUCUGGACGAAGAAGUACGAGGUCCGGAACAUAUCCGAACAUUCAGCAGAAAUCUAAUGGUGCCAUAUUCACCGACGGGAAACGUAAACAGUACUACUUGA